AUGGAUAUUACAACCACGAAUCCUCGGGGUAUUCCCACCUUCCCGUUCAUGUCGAAUGUCACAGAUUACGUCAAGUCGAUCGACGAAGUGGAAUCAACACUGCAAAGAUUUCAAGAGAUGAUCUCGAAAUAUACCUUCAUGCAGCGGAAUGUAGAGCGCAGAGCAGUUGGCUUGAAAGAGAAAUUGCCCGAGAUGAAACGAACGCUAGAGGUCGUCAGGUUCAUCAAGAAGAGAAGAAAGAUCAUUGCGGAGAGGAAAGAGAAGGGCGCAGAUGAAGAUGAGCUUGACGACAAAUUGGAGGGCAAGAAAACCACUCCCGACGACAUCGAAACCACAUUUAGUCUGCAAGACACGCUCUACGCAAAAGCAACAAUCAAGCCUGCGGAAAUCGGUGAGGUCUACCUCUGGCUCGGAGCCAAUGUCAUGGUUGCAUAUCCCCUCGAUGAAGCAGAGGAACUUUUACAGGGAAAAUUGGAUAAAGCCAAAGGGAGCUUAGCCGCCGCGGAGGAAGACUUGGAAUUUCUGAGGAUCCAAAUAACUACGCUUGAGGUCGCUAUUGCCAGAGUACACAAUUGGGAUGUUGGUGAGAGGAGGAAGCUACGAGCCGAAGGCAAAUUGAAGGGUGAAAAUGAAAACGACAAGGAUUGA